AUGGGACCCCCGCCUCCUCCUCCACCACCCCCUCUACUCUUAUCCUCAGCGACAUUACCAUCUGGCGGGUGGAAGGCAGCGCAGACACCACGACGUGACAACAAUACCGUACCUGCGCCGCCCAAGCAAGUCCGUCCAGCAGUGGACAGUGCGACAUUACAGCACGCUGCCGCUCGCUUGCGCAAGACCGGCUACCACGAACAGAUUCGAGGUGACGUCAAGAAUCUAUCCGAUGACCGAGUGGCAGGACAGGAUCAACGACUGUCUAACGGAAAUCGGCCGUACGGCUCGCAGUUCAAUAAGUUGGACGUCAAUCAAGCCAGAGAACAGGUUCAUGCUACGCCCGCUUAUUCCAACCACACUGAUUCGGUCGGCAACGUACGUGGAUGUGCCAAUCCGCGCAUAAAUGUACAGGCAACAGCCACGGCGUCACCACCUACAACAACCUACGACAAGACGCCAAAAUCAAUUUUUCAACCUUAUAAACCUAAUAUCGAUUCUUAUGAAACUAAAUACGACUCUACAGUAACUCGUACAAGAAGUCCUCAACCUUUCGUAAGCAGCACUGCCCACACACAACCACACUAUAGAAACGUCAGCCCUCCUCAACCAUAUGCUCCGCCCCACUUUGAAAAUCAACCAUAUACGCCGAAUCGCUUCGAAAAUAAUCUCUUUGCUCAACGCUCACGAAGUCCACAUUUGCAACCGGCCGCUCAGUAUAGCCCUUCGAAUAGCAGCUAUAACUAUAACAGCUAUAACUCGUACAAAAAAGAAUCAACUUGCCAGGAUCAGCAUGCAUCUACUCCACGAACAGUUGAGCUUGAAUGGAAUACACCUUACCGUCCACCAUCCUCUCACUCUCCGAUUCUUGAUCCACAUGCUCGUAUUCGUGACUACGCUCUCAAUCAUUACGUAGAGGACGAACCUGCCAGCGGGCGCGAAGAAUACAUCCGCACUAUUCGCAAAGAAACACAUACUCGUACUGCUCCACACGAUUUUGCAACAUCGAUUCGAGAUCAAGGUCUUACUGCAAGUCAACGCGAAGCUAACCAGUACCAAUCCAGCGCAUUACGGUCGCGUGAUUUGCCAUUUGAUGCGAAUCGACUGUACCAGCAAUCCUACACCGGUGACGAAGUGGAUCGCCUGGUCAGCAACAUGCAAACCGAAAUGCACGUAACCCGAAGUCCAGCGGCUGCCACAUCCAAAGCCAAUGUCUGCGUUGCGUGCAAUUCGGAAAUCACCGCCGACAAGCCUGGAUGUACGGCAUUGGAUAAGGUCUUCCACGUCUCCUGCUUCAAAUGUGCCAAAUGCGGUGUAAAACUUGCCGGUUCUUCAUUCUACAAUAUCGACAAUAAUCCAACAUGUGACAAAUGCUACCAGGACACACUAGAGAAAUGCACGAAAUGUUCGCAACCGAUUUCGGAUCGACUUUUACGUGCUUGCGGUGGAACGUUCCAUGUGAACUGCUUCACCUGCUCGAAUUGCGCUAAAGUGCUCGACGGUGUCCCAUUCACGACUGAUGCACAGAACAGCGUGUUUUGUGUUCCAUGCUUCCACGAGAAAUUCGCUCCUCGUUGUGCCGUCUGCGGGAAAGGUAUCAUACCACAAGAGGGCGAAAAAGAAUCCGUUCGAGUUAUCGCUAUGGACAAAUCCUUCCACCCCGCCUGCUACAAAUGUGAAGAUUGUGGGCUCCUGCUCUCCAGCAAGGUCGAAGGAGCUGGCUGCUAUCCGCUCGACUCACAUCUCUAUUGUAAAACGUGUAACUCGAAUCGACUACGUAUGCAGGCUCCUGCAUAAUUGCACACUAACCGCAAAUGCACUAAUCAAUGUCACAUCCACGAAUCAACUGACCACUAUCGAUUUUUCUUGACUGUACUGAUUUAUUGAUUGAUUGAUUGAUGCUCGCUGCCAAUGAUUCCACACUUACCAACUCGUAGUAACCAUCCAUCUCCCAUCGAGACAGACUAUCAUUCUGCGCGCUGAGCUGCUGCUGAUGUCUCACAUUUUAGUGUAAGCAUGCGUACGUGUGCGUGCUUGUGUCUCAUACGCAUACGCGCAUACACGUGCGCGCGCGUACGUGCGCAUGCUAUUUUACAUCGUAUUUUCGGGGAACUGACGUUUCUGUGUUCACAUCAGCAUUGUAUAUUUGAAGUGUGUGCCAAUAUGUAUGUAAGUAGUAGUCGUGAGAUUUACUCUAUAUACACUUGCAUACCCUUUUGUCUUCAAAUGAACAUUUGCGAGUCAUUAUUCACAGACAUUAUAGACGCACUUGAGAGAGAAGACAUUAUUUCGCAAAUUGUAUUAUAGUGCAAUUUAUGCGCAUAUUUCCACUGAUAAAUAUUUGGGGC